CGGGCCGCGCCCCGUUCUCCGGCUUUUCCCCGCCCGCCGCCGCCGCCGCCGCCGCCGCCGCCCCGGUUCCGCAGCUCGGCUCCGCUCCUCUCCGCCAUGUCCACCGAGCCGGCCCCGGCCGCCGCAGCCCCCCCGGAGCAAGCCCCCGAGCCUCCGGUGGCGACACCGGCGGCGACGACGACGACGACGGCGACAACGACGACGACGAGCGGCGGCGGCAGCGGGGAGCCCCCGGAGCACCGGGCGCUGGUGCUGACGGGUUUCGGUGGCUACGAGAAGGUGAAGGUGCAGGCACGGCGGGGCGGCGGCCCCCGGCCCGGGGAGGUGUCGGUGCGUGUCCGUGCCUGCGGCCUCAAUUUCGCCGACCUGCUGGCCCGCCAGGGGCUCUACGACCGCCUGCCGCCGCCGCCCGUCUGCCCCGGGAUGGAGUGCGCCGGUACCGUCUGCGCCCUGGGGGAUGGAGUCAGCGACCGCCAGGUUGGCGAUAAGGUGAUGGUCCUGGCCAGGUCCGGGCUCUGGCAAGAAGUCGUGAACGUGCCGGUCGGGCAGACGUUCCUGAUGCCCGAGGGAAUGAGCUUCGAGGAGGCGGCUGCUCUCCUCGUCAACUACAUCACUGCCUACAUGAUCCUGUUUGACUUUGGGAACCUGAGACCCAACCAGAGUGUCCUCAUCCACAUGGCUGCAGGUGGCGUGGGAACUGCUGCCAUCCAGCUGUGCAAGACGGUAGAAAACGUCACCAUUUUCGGCACAGCAUCCGCUUCCAAGCACGACUCGCUCAAGGAGAGCGGGGUCACCCACCCCAUUGACUACAGGACGAUGGAUUAUGCAGAGGAGGUCCGGAAAAUCUCUCCCAAAGGUGUGGACAUUGUCCUGGACCCCCUGGGCGGAUCCGACACAUCCAAAGCAUUUCACCUGUUGAAACCAAUGGGCAAACUCAUCACUUACGGGGUAGCAAACCUGCUCACUGGGCAGAAGAAGAACCUCAUGGCCAUGGCCAAAACCUGGUGGAACCAAUUCAGCAUCAACGCCCUGCAGCUCCUACACCAAAACAAGGCUGUGUGCGGCUACCACCUCGGCUGCAUGGAUGAAGAAUACGAGCUCAUCGGAGGAGUGGUAGCCAAGCUGAUUAGCCUGUACAAUCAAGGCAAGAUCAAGCCCAAAAUAGACUCUGUAUGGCCCUUUGAUCAGGUGGCAGAUGCCAUGCGGCAGAUGCAAGAGAAGAAGAAUGUUGGAAAGGUCAUCCUGGUUCCCGAAGCACCCAAGGAAGAAUCCAAAAAAGAGGAGAACUAAGGAGGAAAGAGAUGUGUGCAGAUUGUGAAUUCAUGGUUUAACUCCCUGCUCUCUUUGGGACCUGGAAAUGGACAGAUCAGUAGCUUCCUUCUUCACCAGUACAAGAACAUCGUGCUUAACGUUCAGAUGAGGUUUGCUUGCUCUCGUUGUGACUGACCCUUCACCAGAUAUGCCUCCUGCCCUAGCUCUCUGUUUUGAAGCCUGAUUAUUUCAUACAUUUCUCUAAUCACUUGUUUCCAUGCUGAAAUCCCAAACUAAUCCUAUUUUUUCCCCUGGCAGCACAGUCAAAGCUUCCGGGCAGUUGGUGAUUAGCAGCUGCAUAGGCUGUCACUGUGAAGAUGCAAAAUGCUAUAGCGACUGCCAAGCAGCUCCACAAAAACCCAGCCCACGUUGAAGCAUUUGCACUGUCACCUUUGAGAAGCAUUUCAGUAGGAGAGUGGGCAGACUGAGGAUGUUUCUUAAACAGUCACAGGAAAAGCGUGACUGCCCUAGUUUAAUUCUAGCUCUGGCUACUCCUCUGUUCACACUAACCCUGCUUUCCCCCCUCUGCUGGCCUCUAACACCAGUCAGAUAGUAGCAGUUGCCUUUGCCUUGUAAAUAAAUCUGGCGUUUUGGAGUCUAUAGCAUAUUGCACUUAAUUUGCAGUCACUUCUUUGUGCAGGCAACAAAUAAUCCGACGGUCUGGGCUGGUCUCUGAAUACAGAGGAGAAGUUUCAGUUGGGUAACUUGAUCUUGUCCAUUUUCUGCUUCCAAACUGUACAGGGAGAUCUAAACUGUGUCUGAUUUUUUUAGAGACCAUAAGGACUCAACUGUGUCUCGAAUGACUGGAACAAUUGAUGUUGGCUCUGUGCUUUAUUAAUGUUGGGCUCCAAGUUGGUAUUGUUAAGGCUAAACUUCACCCUCGUGUUUUGUAUUUCCAAGGGCUGCAGUGUUGAAUUAGACUUCAGCAAGAUGGGAACAAAUAGGCCCCUGUUAAUGCUUGCUUUGUGCCGUGCCCUGUGCGCUGGGGAGAGCUGCAGUUUGGGAAGUAACUUGCAAGAACCAAGGCUGCUGCACGGGGCUCGGUGCUGGCUCCUCGUGUGCCACAUCACCCCAGGAAGCUGUCACUGAGUUACAAGUGUAGGUGGCAAAGUGUCCAGCUCUGUCAAGCCUCUUGGCUUGGGCAUCUGGAACAGUUUAAAUCACGCUUUCCCUUCUCUUCUAGUGAGCUCUUAAGACAUCCUCUAACCACCUCUCACCUCGUGGGUCGGUGCUGCAGUAGGGUUUGACUCCUCUUCCCCUGGAGCUGCAAGUCUCGGGACCCUUCCAGCACUGAGGCUUUAGGAACUGCCUGGGGUUUCCUCCCAGACCAGCUCUCAGCUUCUCUUCCUCUUUUCUUUCCUCAUUAUGUUUGGAAAUGGAGCUGUGCAGACACCCAAGCCUAGUUCUGCGAGCACUCCGUGUCCUGGGUGGUGCCCCUGUUUCCUGCCCUGCCCAGCCCCAAGUGACCGUGGUGCUGCUUGUGCUUGCUUCAGCAGCCAGAGGCUUUGCCACGGGUUGUAGGUCCUGCAGGGCUUUAGGCUCCCUUUGGGAUUUUAAAAGGUAAGCCUGAGGGCACCGAGGAGAGCUGCCUAUUGUCGGCGAGCUCAGGCUCCAAGAGCAAAGGCUGGCUGCUCCGUGUCCCGCUUAUCCCGACUCCGGAGAAGGAAGGAGCUGCACGGGCAAAGGGACCCACUUGGGAAGCCCCUUGGCUGCUGGAGAGCAAACACUGGCAAGGAGCGAGGGGUCCUGGGCAGGUUCAGUGUAUGGCUUCUUCCUCUGCCUGCUCUUCCUCCCCUCCAGUGCUCCUCGCUGUCUGUGCAGCUUGUUUUCAGGUGCUUGGGCUCCGUCCCUUGGUCCGGUGCAUACUAAAAAUGCGUAGGCAGAGACCCCAGGGGACUUGUUUCGGCUAGCUUUAAGACAACCCCGUUCCCUAUGGCCUCGGGGAAGGGCUGGAGCCCAGGCACAGGCGUUUGUUCCAUCUCUUGCAGGUGAUAAGCGAACUCCACAGGCAUGGUGGCAUGAAAUUCAGAAGCACAACUUGUAACCUUUCUGAAUCCAAAAUCUUGCUGCUUCUCCUUUCAACCUGCCCCUCUCAUGCUAAUUUAGAUCCGAUCCGACAGUGUCUAAUGCUGCUUUACCAGGUCUGCCAACACAACGGCUGGCUAAAUCGCUGCAGUGGGAAGUCUGGACCUGUUCCUCCGUGAAACCUGACUUCACCUUGGUGAGAGCAGCGUGUUCGAAGGGCACACAACGCUGCAAAUCUGCAGGUCCUGCGCAAUUGUAAAGGGGAAAGCUGUCAAAUUGUGGUUUACUGUAACGUCCUCUCCUUGCUUUACUUUCAGCCAAGAGCGUGCUCAGUGCCUUACUUGGAUGGCCUUGGAUUAAGGCAACACAGCAAGGGUUUCACGGUCCGCUCCCUCCCGAUAGAACGUGGAGGAGGCGAGUGGGAGUUUUGCAGCUUGCUGUAGGGCUGCUCUGCCUUGCUGCCUUGCGAUACACCACGGAGCAGAAUCUCGGUGCCUUCUUCUGCAUGCCCGUAAGGACUGGGAAGUCACCAGAGCCUUUUCUCUUCUGGCCUUUCAAAGUAUUGCCAAAAAAAAAAAAACACAAACAAA